UAGCACGAUCUUUCUGCAAGGAAUUAAGCGCCAAAUAUAGUCUUCUGAAAGUAGUUAGUGGCAAUUCCUCAUAGAUUAUAUUUGUAGCCCAGAGCAAACUUUAUUUGGAAAAUAGACCAGAGCAGCCCUAUUUGAUCUGCCAAUGGUUUCGUUCGAUAAGAGGCUACAUGCUAACGAUAUGCUAGUACCCAGUUCACACUACCCAGUGCUCAAUAUGGAUUCAGACAUUUUGAACAUAGAGGAGAUCGUAAUGGGACGGGGUCUGCCGGAUCCAGCUCCGGAGGUUUCACCUGCUAAGCCAGCAGAACCACAUAAACCCAUCUUCAAGCCGCCCCCUGCCCCUACAACUUACCAACAUGAUAACCUGCAGUGUUUUCAGUGCUUCAUAACGUUCUGCAAUGCUAAAGCAAAGGAACGCCACAUGAAGAAAAGCCACCGUGAGGAGUACAAGCAACAGCUUCAGCAGGGAAAUACAUUGUUCACUUGCUACGUGUGCGACCGCAGCUUCCAGUCCUCUGAGGAGCUGACACAGCACCAGCCAACACACAGCAAGGAAGACAAGCCCUUCAAAUGUGUUCACUGCAAGGAGAGCUUUCGAGUCUUUUCUGAGCUCACAACCCACAGACGGAACAUGUGUCCAGAAAGGCAGUUUGUGUGCAAGGAUUGUAACGAGACCUUCCGCAGCCCCGCCUUGCUGCGCACCCACCGCCUGGCUCAGCACCCCCGCCUGGACACGGAGGCCGGCGAGCAGACGGAGGACCCCACAAAGACGCAUCGCUGUGGGAGGUGCAGCCAGGGCUUCGAGACAGAGUCGGAGCUGCUAGUCCACCAGGAGAAGUACUCUGCGGGCCAGCACUGCAACGGCAACGCAGCCGCACUCAAGAAGCGCGGACGGCCUCCAAAGACGGAGAACCAAGCAGCCGCAGAGAAGAAGCUGAAGCGGGUGAAGGAAGAGGGCGAGGCUACAGAGGAAACGGGGAAGGGCAGCAGCACCGCAGAGUCUGGCGCAGCUCCGGCCGAGGCAAAGCCCAAAGUAGCCGGGGCGAAGCGGGGCCGUCCUCCCAAGGCGGCGGCGGCGGUGGCGGGCGAGGACCAGACGACCGCCACAGAGGAGGCGCCGGCCGAGGAGGAGAAGAAAGCAUCCGCGACCCCGCGUGAGCAUCCCUGUCCCGAGUGUGAGCUCACUUUCCCCGCCCUGGCCCCGCUCCGCGCCCACAAGAAGGAGAAGCACACCCCGAGGAAAGCCCACCCCUGCGAGGAGUGUGAGGAGAGUUUUGCCCGUCCUGAACAGCUAGAAGCCCACAAGUCUCGGGCCCACACAGAGGGCCGCUUCUCCUGUCCUACUUGUGGGAAGAGCUUCGGCCGCGAGCGCACCAUGAAGGCCCACCAGAAGACCCAUUCGGAUGAGAACGCCGCGAGCCAAAGUGAAAAGAGAUAAAUAAGGGACGGGAGCGCUUUUCGUAAAAAAGUUAAGAGGGAUUGUUGUUAUCCUCUGUAUUUUAGUCAGUCAGGGAUAUAUAUUUUUUUUAGCAUAGGGAAUCUGAUUCUGAGAAGAGGAUGUUUUUAGAUGUACUUGGAGUGUUUGUUUUUUUUGUUCAGCAUUUUGACAUAAUUGUCCCAUUAGCUAGAGUUUGCAUUGAGGUCUUUCACCAACUCCCCAGCUGGUCUUUCUGGAUGCAGCCAUGGACUAUGUUAAAGUGAUGGUAUAAUAAUUGAACACAUUGAGGUUAGGGUUCUGAGUCUUUACAUCAUGUGCAUGUUUCCAUUAUAAUCGAAAAAGUUGGACUUCAUUACCCUUACUCCUAACCCAACAGUAGGCCCAAUUUUUUAACUCAAGAUUUUCCUAAUUUAAUUAUUAUUAUUUUUUGUAAGCUUGGUGUGCGCGCGUGUGUGUGUGUUAUGACUUCUAAAUUGACGGGAGUGUGUUGCUUCAUUUGAUUUUUGAGGUUAUGAAUUGCAUAUUUUGGGUUGUUUCCCCAUCAUAAUUUAGUUUGUAUUGUUUUUUUUGGUCCUGAGUUCAUUAUGAGAUAAAUUUUGGUUUUGGACAAAUGUUAAAUGAAAAAUGUUGAGUUGUCUAAUGUUAAUGUCUUUUUUUAAUCUAUUAUACUUCUAUGUAUUGUCUAAUGAAUGCAAAACAUGGAUCUAUGAUGCCAUAGAGUCCUUUUGAAGAGCUGCAAAUCAAGUGUUCUUACGGUGACUGGCUUGUUCUCCCCCAAUGCGACUAAUAAAACGAAAGGUUAUCCCACAGGGAUGCUUCAGAAAGUA